GUUAUAUGGCGUUUCUUAUUCAGUGAUACAGAUGAAAUAAUUACUUAAAACCCUCGUCUCUUGUCUGACGUUCAUAUGUGCGACAUACGCUGUAGCAGACAGGGGUCAGAAUCACUAGACGUGACAGUCUGUGUGGUGACUUGGAACACUUCUCAGCCAACAGGUGAGGAUUCGGUUGACCGGAUGAGUACGAUUUUCUCCUUCUUCGAGUGGAUACUGAGCAUUAUAAGUCCGAGCUCCGAGGAUUCGGAAGAUGUGCAGCCAGAGCCGAUAGACCCUUCCAAAUGCGAGCCGUGUAAAUGCGGCCUGGCCAACAAGAAGAUACGUAUUGUGGGCGGUCACGAAACGCAAGUGAACCAGUAUCCCUGGAUGGCUCAGCUACUUUAUAACAACCGUUUCUACUGUGGCGGGACGCUCAUCAACUCCAAGUAUAUUCUUACAGCGUCGCACUGUGUCAAAGGGUUUAACCGGAAAAAUAUCGUCGUAAGGCUGCUGGAACAUGCACGAGGUAUCAGCAACGAGACCGAAACCAUAGACAGGCGAGUGCAGCGCGUUGUGAUACACAGUCGGUAUGACUACACUACAUUUAACAACGACAUUGCGCUGUUGAGCCUCGACCGCGACGUGGCGCUGGAGGACCGUUUGCGACCUGCCUGCCUCCCAGCUCUAGGCAGGAGCUUCACUGGGAUGCAGGGAGUGGUUAUUGGUUGGGGCACGACGGAACAAUACGGUGGCUCGUCUGACGUACUGAACGAGGUGAAGGUCCCCAUCAUGUCAAACAAGGAAUGCAGGAUGACUCCUUACGGUAACAAGGCUAUCACGGAAAAUAUGAUGUGUGCCGGCUUCCCUGAGGGCAAGAAAGACGCCUGUCAGGGCGACAGCGGAGGACCGUUGCACGUUACCAAUGGGACUCUGUACAGCGUUGCUGGGGUCGUGUCUUGGGGCGAAGGGUGUGCCCUGCCCAAUCACCCGGGUGUGUAUACUAGGGUGAACCGAUACAUCUCUUGGAUCAAACGAAACACGAUAGAUUCUUGCUUCUGUGAAUGAAUAUCACGCGUCAUCUAGUCAUUCCAGAUUUGUGGAUCGUCACACGCUUCACACAGGUCAAGGGUCACAGAUUAUUUAUUGUUCAUUGUUGACUUGCUGUACAUUAUGUUAUCAGUACAAAGAUAUUCAAUAAAACAACUCACCACUGUCGA